AUGGACAGCGAAACGGAGUCGUCGAGCAAGCUGCAGAGGCAACUCGUGGAGCUCUUGCGCCCUUCGGGGCGUUGCGCAACGCUACGCGUCUCGCAAAUUGCCUCUAUCCUCGGUGUCGAGGGCGAGGAGCAGUAUCAGCAUCUCCUUGACCUGCUUGCGCGCAGUCGUAUUGCCCAGUACGAUGCGGAGCAGCAGACCGUGCGGCCGCUGCUGGCGCCAAAGGACAAUUUCGACGGCGAUGAUGAGGCAGCGCUGCUGGCGCUGAGUGACGUGGACGUCGUCGGUGGUGGCGUCCGAGGCGGUCGUGUCCGAUCAACGCCACUUGCUGGGUACCGUCAGCAUCGAUCAAACAGCCGCCACAGCUUCCGCAGCGGCGGUGGCAAUGCCGUCGCGAGUGGCUACCGGUCGGACUCCGGCCUCGCCACCGCCAACUGCAGCGCUGCUCUCACGUCACGCCGCCGUGCGGGUGGAACGUGGACCAAGCCAGGCCAGCGCGGCCUGGAGGACGCGGCGAGCUUCCCGGGCCCCGUCGGCCGUGUCGGCUACAUCUGCGUUGCGGACGAGUUGCACCUGGGCAAGCUGGAGGCCUACUACCGUGCGCAGGGAUACUACACAAAGUUCGACUUUGACGUCCUGCAUGUACGCUUCGCGCAGCCGUCCUUCGUGAAUGCCGAGGCGGACACCGGCGACAGAGCGAACGCGCCGGCAGGACAACGUGAGCCCCAACGCGCGCGUCACGCACUGACGGCGCAGCGCAGCGGCGAUGUAGCCGUGCAGGGCGAGGAUGUCAGCAGCAGCCCGCCACCGUCCCUGCUUCUCGAACGGGGGACCGUCGCAGCUGCCUCCCAGCGCCUCGGCGAGUCUGCCUCCGCCUCCUCUCACGGCUACGGUGCGUUGGGGAGCAACACGAGAAGUAAGGCAGGCGUAAACUGCACCCUUGCGCAGGUUGGCGAAGGAGGUGAAGCUGCCGCGGCGACGCCGAGCUCAAACAACAGUGCCACGCAUUACUUUGACCUCUUCGUAUUCCCCUACGGCGCCGUUGUCUGGUGGGGCUUCGAUCAGCGGUACUUCAAGAUCGUGGAGAACGACUACAUGCUGCCACACAGCGCGAUCAGCCACUGCAUGACCAACCGCUACACAACGCAGCUCGUGAACGAAAACUAUCCGGUGUGGUGCACCUUCCACCUCGUCGCUCGCGAGACGCUGGAGGUGGACGACAACUUCAAAGCGCGCCUGCGUUUCGACCACUUCGUCAUCCCGUACAGGCGCGGCGAGUUGGCGACGGGUAGCGUGCUGAUGCUCUGCGCUUCGCACGCGCUUGCGCAGUCUGCCAAGAUCGACUACAUCGAGCUGCAGGUACAGGAGUUGACUGACAGCUGCUCACCGCUGCCGCGCGAGCUGCGGGAGAAAGGCGCCGUCAGCAUCACGGAACGGCGUCUGCUGCAGCUGCGCGGUGAGGUGCUGUCGUACCGACUCAUGCUGAAGAGCGGCUCUGACUUGCUGGAUGAGCCGGACUUCUUCUGGGAGAACUCGUAUCUGAAGCCGGUCUUUCAGGCGACCAAGGAGGAGUACGAGAUUAGUGAGCGGGUCGAGGCGCUGGACAACAAGCUGGAUGCGGCGAACGAGAUCUUGUCCAUGUUGGCCGAGGACUUCUCGCAGCGGCAUGGCGCGCGACUGGAGUGGAUUGUGAUUUGGCUGGUCUUUAUGGAGGUUGUGAUUGGCGUGCUGGAGCUGCUGGUCGACGUGCGGCCGUGGUUCCAGUCGUACAGGCGGUGA